GUUUAAACUUGUUAUCUAUACUUUGUGUCAGCUGCACAAGACAUUAUAAUACACAUUUAGAUAACUUUAUUAACUGACUCUUUUCUGUGUGUUUGACGCCAUCUGUCAAUUUUUAGCAGUGACACAAACGAGCUAAUAGUUACUUCCGCUAUACAUUGUAGCUUCUUAUCCCCGCGUCCCAAGCUGACUCUGUAGUAUUGGAUCAACCUUACAGUGAACUAAAGGUGUCAAUAACUAACACGAUGUCGAGUAAAGAAGUCAAAGCCGCCCUGAAAAGUGCCAGAGACGCCAUCAAAAACAAAGAGUUCAAAGAGGCACUAAAACAUUGCAAGGCUGUGUUGAAGCUGGAGAAGAGCAACUACAAUGCUUGGGUGUUCAUCGGUGUGGCUGCCGGCGAGCUGGAACAACCAGAACAGGCGCAGACAGCCUACAGAAAGGCUGUGGAACUAGAGCCUGAGCAGCUACUGGCAUGGCAGGGCUUGGCAAAUUUGUACGAAAAGACAGAUCAGUGGGACUUCAAAAUCGAGCUACCUAACGUCUAUGAGAAGCUUGUUGAGCUCUAUGCAAGCUCGGACAAAAACAAGUGCUAUGAGAUGAUUGGAAAGUUGAAAGAAAUACACCAGUCCGACAAAGAGUAUUGCAAGUUGGCAAACGUAUGGCUGCGACUCAUCCAACUCAAAGAGGAAGAUGGCGCAGACGAGAAAGAGUUAUUGCAGCUAUGGCAACAGCUGACCUGCCUACUGUCAGACUGCCUGAUUGACAACGAGCACGACACCGAAAUUCAAAAGCAUUUAAUCACAGCUUUUGAGAAGGCCAUGCUCCUCGUCCAUCCCAGACCGGGAGAAGAACACAGGAAACUCUCCUCCGACUAUAUCAAAUGUCUGUCUAAGCUACCUGGAGAAGAAGAGAAACUGAAAGAGGCGUGCAAAGCCAUGUUGCCGCUCUACCCUGCCCAAAGUUAUCCUCUUGAAGUUCUUUGUUCCUACUACCUCAAACAAGGUGUGCAGGAUGAGGAUGCUGCUAGCUGUUUUUCAAGGCUUUGUGAUUUGGCCCCAGACAACGGUUUGUGUGACUUCGGAUUUGGCACAAAAGCACUCCAGGAGGGCAGGUUUAAAGAUGCCAUUCGGGACCUUGCGCGAGGAUUGAAGAAAAUGAACUUAAGUCCAGCUUGGUACAGUCUGGCAGAGGCUCAGCUUAAAGUGCACAAAUACUCAGACUGCUCUAAAUCGUGUGCUCAAGGUUUAACAGCGUGUGCGACCAGAGACAAGACACUAAGGAUUAGGCUGCUGAAGCUGAGGCUAGAGGCUUUAGUCAGGUGUGGAGGGGAGAAGGCUGCAGACCAGGCUUUGGAGACAUUUACCCUGAUCCCUGAUGCUGUCAAAGACCCGCUAUUAGUAGCUCUUAAAGGCCGUGCAUACCUGAACAAAGGACUCAUAGAUGAAGCAUUAAAGGUGUCGUCACAUCUGGUGGCCUCUAACCCAAACCUGGCCCAGGCGUUGGUGCUGAAGGGACUGGCCCACUUAGCUGAUGACAAGCAGCAGCAAGCAGAGCAGAGUUUCCUCAAGGCAGCAGAACUAAGCCCCAACUGUGGUGAGUGCUUUUUUUUGCUGGGAAGACUUUACUGGACCAUGGGAGAGGAGACCCGGAAAGACAAAAGCAAAGCGCAUUCGCAUUUACUCAAGGCUGCAAAGUUGGACCCGCACCUUAGUUUUGUGUUCCGCUAUCUUGGAAAUUAUUAUCGGGAGGUGGCGAAUGACUCAGGCCGGGCACGUGGCUGUUUUAAGAAGGCCUUUGACUUGGACAAUGACGACGCUGAGUCUGGAGCGGCCGCAGUCGAUCUCAGCAUGGCACAUGAAGAUAUGAUCACUGCCUUGGCGAUACUCCAGUCAGUGACGGAGAAGGCCACUCCAGGUUCUGCUAAAUGGGCGUGGAUGAGACAAGGGCUUUACUACCUAAAGAUUGGACAACAUCAACAGGCUAUUGCAGAUCUGCAGGCAGCUUUGAGAGCCGAUCCAGAGGACUGGGUGUGUUGGGAGUGUUUAGGAGAGGCAUACCUCAACCGCCAGAGUUUCACGGCAGCUCUAAAAGCCUUUGGGAAGGCCCACAGUCUCCAGCCAUCCUCCAUCUACAGCGUCUACCAGGCAGCUGCGAUCAAGCAGACCCUGGGCAAGUUCAAAGAGGCCGUAGCGGAGUAUUUGCAGAUCACAGCACAGCACAACUACGUUCCCGCUCUUAAAGGUCUUGGAGAGUGUCAGCUCUCCCUGGCAAGAAGUUUAAUGGAGGACUGCAGAGACGGCGGAGCCAUUGUCCUGAUUGAGCAAGCUAUACAGAAUCUCUUCAAGGCGGUGGUGUUGCGUUCUGACCUCUCCUGCUUGUGGAAACUGCUGGGAGACGCCUGCUCCGCUGUCAGCGCAGUGUCUCCAAACAGGGCUAAAGUUCAGGUGCCUGCAACCCUGGCUGGUCUGGACCCACAUGCUCAGGUUCACGUGCUAAACCAGGCUCAGACGCUCCGAGUCGCUGAGAGGUGUUACACUCGUGCUUUGAAGCUAAAGCCAGAAGUCACCAGUCUCUGGUCUGACCUCGGACUCAACUUCUAUCAUCAGUCUCGCCUGGCCUGUGAUGCAGAGGAGGACAGAUCAUUACUUUUCCAGAAAGCACAACAAUGUUUAAAGAAGGCCAUCAUGAUGGACAGUGGCAACCACAGCUAUUGGAAUGCUCUGGGAGUGAUCAACACAAGCAAAGGUUUGCAGAACUUGGCUCUUGCUCAGCACUGCUUUAUCAAGUCCAUUCAAGUUGAACCAAAUAAUGUUGUUGCCUGGACCAACCUUGGUACAUUGUAUAUGAAGAAGGACAAUAUAGAGCUUGCACAUGAGGCUUUUAAGGUUGCACAGUCGUUGGAGCCGCUCUAUGUCAACUGCUGGAUCGGGCAGGCCCUGAUAGCAGAGAAUGUGGGAAGCUUUGAGGCCAUGGAUCUUUUUAGACACACCACUGAACUCCGCACACAUACGGAGGGAGUGAAAGGUUAUGCCUACUGUGUGUGUUCCACCUUGCUGGACAAGAGCAAUAGAGACUCUGAACUGUACCGCUACAACAUUGUCCAGAUGAAUGCCAUCUCUGCGGCCCAGGUGGCACUCAGCAAAUACACAGAAAGGUUCCAGUCUGAUGCUCAUGCCUUCAUCAUGCUGGGCUUCAUGACAGAACAUUUACAACUAAAGAGGCAGGCUGUACAAGCUUACCAAAGAGCUGUUGAGUUGCUUCGGUCCACAUCCCUCACAGAGCAGCUAUUUUUUGCUCUAAGCAACUACGCACGUGCUUUAUGCGCUUGUGGCCGGUGUGAGGAAGCCGUCCAUGUCUAUAACUCCACCCCACUGGAGGAGCUCAGUGAUCUGGCAGGGUUGGCUUUGGCAUACUGCAAGGCUGGACACAUCCCAGAGAGCAGUAGCGCCUACGAGCGGGCCCUGGCGAUGGCUUCCAGUGAAAAGGAAACAGCAUACAUCUUGACAGCUCUAUCACUGCUGCAGCACCAGCAGGGUAAUCUGGACUCUGCCAAGACCCUGCUAUUCAAAUGCUCCAUGUUGAAGGAACCAGUUCCAGAGUCCCUGCUGUGUUUAUGUGCCCUUGGAUUGGCCCACAAUGAUGUCACGCUAGCCGCGGCUGCACGCACAGAGCUGCUCAAACAAGGUUCUUCCUGUGCAACUGUUGUAGAGCAGAGAUGUCUUCUCACCUGUACCUUACUGGCCCUGCAGGGCAACUACAGUGCUGUGCAAAGAGAGGCCUCCAGAGCUGUACACAGCUAUCCUGGUAACCCAUCUCUGUGGUCAUUGCUGUCCAGAUUGGUACCACAAUACUACCCCAGGAAAGCUAAUGGAGGAGCAAUGGCCGGACAUGUUGCCUGUCUCUCCAGUAUGACCCAGGGAAAGAGGGCGCUGCUGUACAGUGGAGUGAACCAGCUGGCCAAUGGGAGACACUCUGGAGAGGAUGCUCAGAGGAAUGCCCUGAAGACCAUGCAGCGAGCUGUGCUGCUCUGUCCUGAUGAUCCAUCUGCAUGGGCAGGAUUAAUGGCUGCCUGUCACACAGAAAACACUUCCUCUUAUCUCUGUGGCUCAGCUGCUUGUAGGCAGGGUCUAGAGCAAACCCUAAUGUCAGUGGUUUCUGAGAAAGUGCGUAGCGUUGAGACAGAGCGGCCCUUAGCCCAGAGUCUAGAAGAAUGGGUACUCCAACAGGCAGUGAGUGGCCUCUUGCUAAGCAGACAGCUAGAUCAGGCAGAAGCACUCUGCUCACAGGUGCUGAACGUGUCCCCAGAGCGUACCGCAAUCAUGUUGUCACUCAGACAAGUGCAGUGUCAGCGUCUCCUUGAGACUCGCGGCGGUACUCUCCUCUCAGAGUCCAUGCUGGAGCAGCUCAGCAAUGCUGUGAUGCUAAACCCCUCCAAUAUUGGGGCGCUGCACUGGUUGGCUGCCGUGUACUGCAGCCAGGGUCUGCUGGUCCAGGCAGUCAUGGCGCUCAAACGCAGCUUGCAGCUUGCCUCGCAGCUCGGCCUGCACAGCAGCCAAGUAGCCAGUCUGCUGCGACUCGCCCUGGUGGCCCUGCGGCCCUGCAUGGCAGGAGUCCCAGGAAAUGACCAGAUAGAUCUCGUCAGACAAGCCACUACAGAGGCCCUGAAGCUGGGCUCGUCUCUCCCUGUGGCUGUGCUCUUUCAGGCCCUGCUCCAGUACAUUACCCAAAAAAAUAAAAGAGAAAAAAGGCGACUAUUAGAGAAGCUGGUUUAUGGCCCCUGUCAAGAAGUCUCAGUGACUGUGGUGCAGGUGGCCAGCUGGUACCUGCUCAGACACCUGCAUUGCAAAAACGACCAGGAAUUAAUUCAUGUUCUUUUGGAGCACGCCAAAAAGAACGGGGACCAAAGACUGCUGGACUUGCAUUCGCAGCUUGUUUCUUCAUCCUGAAUGUUGCCACAGUGAAAAUGUUUUUUUAUAUCCGCUAACGCUUCAUUUGGCAUGGCAUGACAGUCUUAAAUCUAUCAAUUCAAUAUUCAAUGGAGUUUUUAUUAAAGAAAUAUACUCU